CGCCGCGCGCCUGCGCCAGGGCGGCGGAUUUGAACGGCGGGGGACGGUUGGGCGGGAGCCGUUAGUGCCUGUUGUCGGCGGCGCCCGCGGGAUCAGGAUGAACUGCGCGGUGCCCCGCACCACUCUGCGGAGGAUCCUAAAGCGGCAGAAGCCGUUGCUUCGCCUGUCGGCCAACACCGACCUACUGGUGCAUUUGAACUUCUUACUGUUUCUCCGUCGGCUAGCAGAAGAAGCCAGGAUAAAUGCUUUUCAGAACAAAAGUAGAAUAAUUAAACCUGAGCACAUUAUAUUUGCAGCAAAGGCUAUUUUAAAGAAAAGCAGAGGCUAGAAAACAGACCACUGGAAUUUCAAAGCCUUCUUUAACAUUUUUUUUUCUUACUAACGUGAGAUCCUGUGACCCAGCUUUUGCAACUGUGGAAGUAUAUAUAUAUUUAUAUAGUUUUAUUGAUGUCUAUCUUCUGACUCUGAGUAUCUUGUUGUUUCUUAAAAAAAAAAAAUUUAACAAUCUUACAGUGUGUUUUUUAUACACGAUGCAUAAUCUUAAAAUGCGUGUCACUUGUCAUUUUAAACUUUUGAUGUACCUUACUUCUUCUGUGAUAAUGGAGAAAUGCUUAUACCAUAGUCAUUCUUCAGGUAUGUGGCGUUUAUUAUAAGAAGUGUGAAACUUUCAGAGAACAGUAAUAAAAAUGCAGGUUUCAUGUAAUCCAUCAUAGAUUAUGCAGUUCAAAGCAGAUUCACUAGCUAAACAAAAUCUUGGCUUUCAAAAAAAUCACUGUAGAAACUGGUGUAUUAAAUAUCUUACAUAUUUUUGUAAAUGCCUUCAUAUUUUUAAAAUUAAUUGGAAAACGCUAAAGCUGCUGUCUUCUGGGGAAAGAAUACAUAUAUUUCUAAGUCAUGCUCUGAACUGUUAAGCUGGCCUAUUGUAUGAUGUGGUAUAUGAGAUAACUUGGUGGUCUCUAAUUCAGUUGGUGUGGACAGAUGCACAUUAUGAAAAAGAAAAGAUCUGGCACAAUGAGGUGUUUGACGUUAGAUCCUGUACAAAUAGCGAAGAUAAGUUGGCAAGCGUGCCAAGCUACUUCCUCCUCACUCCGAGUGUCAUCCUAACUUGUCAGAAGACUGGAAAUGUACGUUAUAUAGAAUAAUAAUUUCUUGUUCUGUUUCUAAUGUUUGCAACAGUUGCUGAACACUUUGCUUAAUAAAUCUUUUGAUAAAGAUGUAGUUUUAUAUCACGGUUUGAGUUGAUAAUAAAGCCUUGUAGAAUAUGUGGUAGCUGGUCUUUCAUACGCACAGUGAGCUGUUCUUAAAAUAAAGAACUUCUGAAAACGUUA